AUGAAUCUGUGGUCUUCGACGGGUUAUAUGGGUACGGGACACAAAGCAUUGUUUGUAUGGUUGUUACUCUUGCUUGCCCUUGUCUUCCUAGUUGUUUACUUGGAUGGUGGUCUAGAUGGCGAUCCGUUGAUAUUUUUUGUGAUUUUAGGAUUUUUUGACAUCCUUUUUUUAUCCACAGCAUUGAUUAGAAUAAUGCGUCACUAUCAAAUUUGUGGUGUGGGGAAAAGGCAGUACGAUAUGAAUGCACCAUAUCCUAUGACAUCAUACGUUUAUCCUCUAACAAAACGAACCUCUGCUGUUGUAUUUGUUCUGUUCCAAGAAAUCAAAUCACGUCAGGCAGAGUUCAUGAAGGCAUUCAAUUCAGGCGACGCAGCUGGUGCUGCUGCAUUGUACGAUCCGGAAGGUUAUUUCAUGCCUAAUGGCAUUGAUCCGGUUAAGGGACGAGCAGGAAUUGAGUCGUACUAUAAGCAGGAUAUGUCAGAAGGUGUUAAAAGUUGCCAGAUAAUAACAGAAGAAGUAAAUGGUGGUGAUGAUUGGGCAUUUGAACGUGGCAGUUAUCAUCUAAAUGGUACACGUGGACCAGAAUCGGGUGCUUACUUGCAAAUUUGGAAAAAAGUGAACGGAAAAUGGCUUAUUCAUAAUGACUGCUUCAAUGUCAUUAAACCAGCAAAGAAGUAA